UAACAAAAGAGCAUGAUAUAAAUAAGAAAGCUCGGAUAUUCUUCCAUCAUACCGAUUUAGUCCUUACCAAGAAUAACAUCUAAAAUGAAAUACAUCUACUUUUUGUUCAUUUAUUUCUUGGUUGCCUUAGCAAAGGCAGAAGAAACUGUUAGCUUAGAAGGAAAACUCCCAAAAUGUGAGUGUAGGGAUAUAAUCGAUGAGAUCUUGUGCAAGCUAACAGAAAACUCAGAAAAGGUCCUCAAGAUUCAAGCCAAACUAGCCAAAGUAGUGAAAGAAACCAAUGAAAUUCUAACAGAAGCUAAAGAAAACUCAGCCCAAGUGAAAGAAAUCGUCGCUGUUAGCACAUUGCUUAAAUCUCAAGUCAACUCUACGGUCACAGUCGUUACUGCCAAUACCGCAGCUAUCAUUAAAAUUAAAAAUCAAGUCCACGACCAUGUCCUUAACAAUGGUGGCGACUUGGAACAGACCCUGAUUGGAAGCAGCUGUAAAUUGAAUCAGAUCAGGAGGGUAUUUAUCGGUCUUGGAAACUGCCAGUGUAGAAAACCAGAUACUGACGAAGCAAACACAGAAGGUUAUUAGAGUUUUUAAAUAUGAUACAAUACACCUGUAAAAAUAAAUGGACUAUUCCUUAAUGCGACCUUUUCAAUAAAUACCAACCAC